AAGUGUUUUUUCAUCAACCUAAACAAACAAAUAAAAAACAGUCGAGGCUUUGUAACGAGAGAGAGAAAUGGCGACGUCAGGAACAUACGUGACGGAGGUUCCGUUAAAAGGGACGGUGGAGAAACAUUACAAGAGGUGGAGGAGCGAGAACCAUGCCUUCCCGGAAGCCAUCGGCCACCACAUCCAAAAUGUCACCAUUCACGACGGCGAAUGGGACUCUCACGGGGCCAUCAAGACUUGGAACUACACAUGCGAUGGGAAGCCAGAGGAAUUCAAAGAAAGGAGAGAGAUAGACGAUGAGAAGAAAACGGUGACGUUUAGAGGACUUGAAGGUCACGUGAUGGAACAGCUCAAGGUGUAUGACGUCAUCUUGGAGUUUAUUCCCAAGUCCGAGGAUGGCUGUGCCUGCAAAGUUACUAUGAUAUGGGAGAAGCGCAACGAUGAGUUCCCCGAACCAAGCAACUACAUGAAAUUUGCCAAGAGCAUGGUUGCUGACAUGGACGACCAUGUUCUCAAAGCUUAAUUGUCAUCAUCAUCACCAGCAUCACCAUCAUCAUCAUAAUCGCCAUCCAAAUUAUCACCAUCACAAUCACCCUUUCCAUGAUCAAUAUCAUCUCUAUUACGAAAUACUUAUUAAGAUGCUUUUCAAUUCAAUAAAUGUGGUCUUGUGAAGUUUCAUUUCUUUAUAAGAUCAUGCUUUGAUAUGUUCUUGUGGUCAUCGACCGGUUUGAUAUGUUAUGUUUUGAUAUAUUCCAGUGUUAUUAAGUUUGUCAAA